AUGAUCAUCGAACUAGCCAUAGGGGUCCCUACGUGGAUCGUGGUUAGGUUCAUCACACUAAGCCUCAUCCUGACAACUCUAUUAUCGAGGGUGUGGACUAACGUCACAGCACGCCGAGCGGGAGUCAGGGUAUCUUCUGGUGUGCCCGUUAGGUUACGGCCCCGUCCUUAUAACAGGGGUUCCCUCGUCCAAGAGGAAGACGGUGAGGAUAGGAGAUUCAGAGGUCUCUUGUUGAUAACUGUCGCCCUGACUUCUGCUGACUUGAUGAUGGAGUUCGGGUCUGCGUCUGUUGAGAGGCCAACUGGGGAGUUGAUAGACACUGGAUAUUCCAGGGAUGGGUUUGAUUCUUUUAUUGGGGCCCGAAUCUCAAGCAAUGGGACUUGGGAGCCCACGAGAAUGGCUAGCCACAGUUUGAGGGCUACUUACGAAGUUUGGUAUUCCGACGAGGCAGCAGAGAGCGGCUACAAGUUGACUGGGGAGGAUCUCGAGAUACUCGGGACGAAGAGCAGAGCUUCAUCUUACCAGCAGGUACUCCUCAGCAGGUACUCCUCGCUGAGUCCCCGGACGACUGGAUUUCCAUAG